GGACCCGGAGGACCUCCUGGAGGCGGACCACCACCAAUGGGACGCGGACCAAAACGAAACAAAGCUCGUUCAAAUCGGAAAGGCACCUUUGACCCUACCGAUACGAAGAAUGUCGAACACCACCAGAUAGGCGUAUGGGAUCUCUACGUGCAGAAGGAGCCGAAGCUGCAAUAUGUGCCAGGCGCGCCGGUAUUGGAGGAGUGGGCUCAGAUGUUCCAGGAUUUGCCGUACCUUUGGAGGACGAUUCAGGACGUGGGCAGGGCGGAUUGUUGGACUUUGUUGAUCCUUUAUGGGUUCAUCAUUCUUGGGCAGAGUUUGAUGCCAGCCGUGACGCUUUGGUUCUCGGGCCAGCUUCUCAAAAUCGUCCAAACCGCCGUUGACUCCCGCCAAGUCGACAAAAACCUCCUCUUCCGUGUCGCCGCAGGUCGCAUCCUCUGCACUGUCCUCACCCGUCUCCUACACCACUUCGGCUGGCGCAUAUCCACCACUCUCAAUGGCCACAUCAAACGGUUCUAUUCUGUCCAUAUCUUCAAAUCCAUGAUCCGGCUAGACGUACCCACCUCCGAGGACCCCAACGUUGCUCGUCAAAUCGAUGCGAUAGUGCCGACGGAUAGGUAUAGUGUACCGUGGAGCGCGUUGAGUAGUAUGUCGACGCUGUUGGGGACGAUCGUGAAGCUUGUUGGUCAGGCCGCGGUGCUGGCGGGUGUGUUGAGGAACCAGAGGGAUGGCCCGCUAUUGGCGGUGUUAUCUUUGAGUGAGCAUCUCUUCUGGUGGGCAAAGGGAGGGGCACACAUCGGUGGAUCGUCAGGUGUAUGGGCCGCAACUACUUUCGACGAGGACUUUAUGCGGAUGGAGGCUAUGAAACGCCUUGUGAGUAAUGAGACACACCGCAAGGAGAUCGUCGCUGGCAACUUCUCCGAAUAUCUCACGAACCAGUAUCGCGAACUAACGGUUAAACUUGGUAAUCGCGCAGGCGAUUUCUGGAGCCUCUACAAUGACUGGAAAUCACAGUCACUGUUCUCCCUUCUUAGUGGACCAAUCGACGAGUUACCCCAGAUCGUGUUCACACUUCGAGCUGUCCAAUAUCCUUCCUCAAUCCCAGUCUCCCUCGCCUCCCUCAACCUAAUCCAACAAACCGCCCAAAGUUUCUCCCAUACCAUCUCGUGGUUCGUGAGAGAGGUGGGGUCGGUGAGCGAGAGGCUCGCGAACCUGCGAAGACUUUACGAGGCAGAGAAUAUCCAAAAUAGGAUAGAAGACGGAACUGUUCCGUAUCCUGAAGACGAGCAGAGCGUGAAGAGUGGGAUCGCUCUGGAGUUCAGAGAUGUCUCAUUCAAGUACCCAGGCAGUCCAGUAUACGCCGUCCGCAAUGUCUCGUUCAAGAUCGAACGUGGUCAGCUCUGUGUCAUUGUUGGAACCAAUGGUUCUGGUAAAAGUACCAUUCUGAAGCUCAUCUCCCGAGUCUACGACGCCACCGAAGGUGAAAUCCUCAUCGACGAAAAAGACAUCAAGACCCUCAAAUUGGUCGAUCUCAGAAGAGCAAUGGCACUCCUCUUCCAAGAUUAUACUCACUUCCCUCUCUCUAUCAGAGAAAACAUAGCUCUCGGAGACCCAGACAACGCCCAAGACGACGAACGUAUCCGUCUCGCCGCACGCCUCGGCGGUGCCGAAGAAAUCAUCGAUCGUCUCCCCCAAGGUUUCGAUACCUACCUCGAACGACCCGUCCGCGACAUCUAUUCCGGUCUUCCCGAGGGAACCAAGACCCUCUUUGGCCGAUCCGUUGAUUUUGGCAAUAUCAGGGGGAACAUGGGAGGCGGAGACGGUGGGGGAGAGGCGCCGAAUAAGGUCAGUUUGAGCGGAGGACAGAUGCAGAGGCUGGCGGUAGCGAGAACGUUCAUGAGGAGCAGUUCGGAGGAGCAAAAAGUUGGGUUGUUGUUGUUUGAUGAACCGAGUGCGAGUUUAGAUCCCACGGCAGAGCAUGACCUUUUUGCCCGUCUACGAGAAUUGCGCGGAAACAAGACGAUGGUGUUUUCCACUCAUCGUUUUGGAAACCUCACGCGCCAUGCGGACCUCAUCCUGUACAUGAACGACUCCGUCAUCGUAGAGACGGGUACUCACGAUGGGCUGCUGAAGCACGGCGGGGAAUACGCUAGGCUAUGGAGACUACAGGCACAAGCAUUCCUCGGCGAAUGAUGUACUUGAUCUUUGGUUGUUCUCCUACGACUUCACGUGAUUACGACUAUUCACGCGCAUACACGAACUCGUUUACGGACUACAGUACGGAGCGAUGAAUAUGUGACGUAUAGCGAC